AUGUCGUCCAUCGCAGUCGCCGAGAAGACCCCUGAUGACUCGUCCAAGCUGAAAACAUUUCUGUCCAUCCUGCGCAAAUAUCGCCUCGGUUCGUUUCUCUCUACCGGCUCAACUAUUGGAGCCUCGACCGAAUUUGGCAUCGGUAAAUCGGACGAUGAACUCGGUCGCAUGCUAGAAGUGUUGAGAUUCUGGUUCACCAAGGAUCUGAAAUACAUCAAGGGGAAGCCGUGCAAGCCAUAUAACUCAACGCUGGGUGAAUUCUUCCGGUGCAGCUGGGAAGUGCAGGACAACGUCCCCGAGGAAGUGAACCUGCCUGGUGUCAACGCCAACGGCAAUAAUUCAAUCGUCAACGAUGAUAACAAACAGGUGAAGGUGUGUUAUCUGACCGAGCAAACCUCUCAUCACCCGCCGGUCUCGGCUUUCUACAUUGACUGCCCUGAACGGGGUGUUUCAGCCCGAGGCUUCGACCAGAUCAGUGCCAAGUUUACCGGCACGAGUAUUCGGGUAAGCCCUGGCCAACACAACCUGGGCAUCUUCGUCACUAUCGAGAAAAGAAAUGAGGAGUAUCAGUUGACUCACCCGGAUGCACACCUCGGUGGCUUGUUACGCGGUGCGCUAUCAAUCUCGGUAGCGGAUACUUGCUACGUCACUUGUCCAAAGACCCGGAUGAAGGCAAUUCUGCAGUACGUUGAGGAGGGAUGGAUUGGCCGGACCCAGAAUAAAUUGGAGGGCGUAAUCUUCCGCUACGAUCCCGACAAUGAUAACAUCACCCGCCUGAAGGAUGUGGCGGAAAGUGAUCUUCUUGCUCGUAUCAGUGGAUCUUGGCACGGCAAGAUUUAUUACACUGCUGCGGGGUCCAAGGAUUCUCGUCUUCUGAUUGACAUUACGCCUCUCUUUCCCGUGACCAAGAUUUUGCCUCCGGAUGAGCAGCAAUUAUCCAAUGAGUCCCUCAAGUUUUGGUCAGAGGUCACUAAUGCCAUCCUGAACAAACAAUUCACCCAGGCAACGAAAGUGAAGCAGGACAUCGAGGAGAGGCAGCGACAGCGAGCGGCUGAGCGCAAGGAGGAGGAGGUGGUUUGGAAGCCCCGUUUCUUUACUGGCGCUGUGACGCCCCUGGGUAAACCUGAGUUGACUGAGGAGGGACAGACGGUGCUGCAAGGACUCCGAGCAGGCGACUACACUUUAAAGGAAAGUGAGGUGCAGGGUGCAUAG